CAGUCGAAGGAGGUUUCCUUUUGUCCAAUGGACGUUUAGGACGUAGUAACUAAGAUUAUAAAUGACAAGGUGACAGCUGUCAGAGUGCACAUUGACUGCUGCUGUGAGCGAGAAUUAGUAAUCUAGGACCCCGUGUGUACUGUAACAUUAAGGCACCAGCCAUGUACGCCUGCGCUAAGUUUGUCACCUCACCUGCUGUGCUACGUGGGGGGUCCAGAGUCCUUGCCCGGCCAGUCUCGGUCUCAGUCUUCAACAGACCUGAAGCCAGAAGUGAGCAGCAGGCCCUGUUGCCUGUCAGUGAGGCUUCUCUUCUAACCCGGGGGUUCCAGACCAGCGCUAUCUCCAGGGACAUCGACACUGCUGCCAAGUUCAUCGGUGCUGGAGCCGCCACAGUGGGUGUGGCGGGAUCAGGGGCUGGAAUUGGAACUGUGUUCGGUAGCUUGAUCAUCGGCUAUGCCAGUCCUCUCCUCUUUGUCCCUCUGACAGGAACCCUUCCCUGAAGCAGCAGCUCUUCUCCUACGCCAUCCUGGGCUUUGCCCUGUCUGAGGCAAUGGGGCUCUUCUGUCUCAUGGUGGCGUUCCUCAUCCUGUUCGCUAUGUAAUUUAGUCUCUCCCAUCCCUGUCACCUCCCUUCUCCCAGGGAAUUGGAACUCUUGAUGCGACGCUCAUGAGGCCGUAGCACCGCCAUUCCAAUCAAAAUCUACGAUUACAAAUCCUGCCUUUUUAUGUUCCCCUUUUUUUCAGAAGUUUUACGUAAGAGCUCGCUUUGAUUUAGACUGUCUGUCUGAAUAAAUGGUUGGGAUAACUA